GCUACAACACUAACUCAUAGUAAAAAAUCUCCUUCUAAAUUAUACACAACAUGUCAACAAAAUUGAUCAAAAUUACUAGCCUUACCCUUAUGCUAUGGCUUUUCAACUCAAUGGCCAUAACAACAUUAGCACAAUCCAAAAAUGAACAAGUUCUUGACACAAAAGGUAACCCUCUUGAGAGUAGCAAAAAAUAUUACAUAAAACCAGCAAUAACCGAUAGUGGAGGCCGUUUCACUUUAAUAGAUAGAAAUAAUUCAUGCCCUUUAUAUGUAGGUCAAGAAAAUACUGAUCUUGGUAAAGGGUUACCUAUUAUUUUCACUCCUUUUGCAAAAGAAGAUAAAGUUAUUAAAGUGGAAAGGGACUUUAAGGUAAAAUUUUCAGCUUCUUCAAUUUGUGUGCAAUCUAAUGAAUGGAAAUUGGGUGAGAAAGACACUAAGAGUGGUAGGAGAGUAGUUAUAACGGGUAGUGGUGGUAGUUAUUUUAGAAUUGUGAAGACUCAAUUUGAAGGUGUUUAUAAUAUUAGGUUUUGUCCUACGGAUACAUGUUCCUUUUGUAAGUUUAAUUGUGGGACUAUUGGUGGAUUGCGUGAGAAUGGGAAGAUUUUGUUGGCUUUGGAUGGUAGUGUGCUCCCGGUUGUUUUUGUGAGAGCAUAAUAUGUUUGUAGGUUACGUUCUACGUGGUAGACCGAUAUAUGAAAAUUGUCUAAGGAUGUCAUUUUAGAUGUAGAAAUUGUCUUCAUUCUCAUGGUUGAAAUAAUGUCACGAUACGAUCAUCGUGAAUUUGAUAAAAAUAAAGAAGAUUAUAAACUUCUACUUUCAACGCAGAUCAAGCCAUUGUCUCAAAAGUUAUAAAGGAAGAUUAAUUAUAAGCUCUUCUAUCAAUCAUCAUUGAAGUUUUGAGCAAUUUUUAAUUAGUGUUCUAUUUGGAAUAGUAGGUUUGUGUUUGUAUUGCUUCCAUUUAAGUUUGUGUUUGUAAUGUACACUUGUCGCUUUGUCUAAUAAACCUUGUUACUAAUUGGAACUA